GUUGCCUAGCGACCGCGUCGCCGAGCGGCGAACCCUGACGUCAUAUCCAGCAGCAUGGGGCGCAUGCGCGACCGUCUGAUACCGCGCGUGCGCAGCUUGCCCCGCCCUCUCUGCCGGAGCCGCGACCAUGGCGAAACGAACGAAGAAAGUCGGGAUUGUGGGCAAGUACGGCACUCGGUAUGGAGCGUCGCUCCGUAAAAUGGUGAAGAAGAUCGAGAUCAGUCAGCACGCCAAAUAUACCUGCUCCUUCUGUGGGAAGACUAAGAUGAAGAGGAGAGCUGUUGGCAUUUGGCAUUGUGGAUCGUGCAUGAAGACUGUGGCUGGAGGAGCCUGGGCCUACAACACCACCUCGGCUGUGACAGUGAAGUCUGCCAUCCGUCGUCUCCGGGAAUUAAAGGAUCAGUGAACAUCGACUGGGAAUAUCUCGUGUAUGUCAUCAAAGCUGUUAAUUAAAGUGUAACAAAACCAC